AUGUCUGGAAACUGGAGUUGGGAAACCGGCGACAUACUUGAGAUCAAUGAGGAUGCAGUCUUACUGAAUAACACACACAUGCCCUGGGGCGAUGCGAACAUGUGCUUAUGGAUCAUGAAGCAGCUCGCUCAAGAGGGGCGUUGGCAUAUGGUUGAGCCUUUCUUUAACCUCCCCAGUCGACCACUCGACAUCAGAACUGUCAACCAGAGGCUAGAAAGCGGCAACUAUGCCAACGCCGCAAACUUCCAGUCGGAUCUGCAGGGCAUUCCAACAAGCUUUCUUACAGAAACUUUGAGCCGUGCACGCGAGAAAGCUAGCGAUCUCUUGCAAGAACUGCCCACACUGUUCAAGAGGAGACAGAUGCAGGAUACCCGAUUGAGAAAGAGAUCUCAGCAGCAGCAGCAAGCACCACCACAACAACCACAGCAGCAACAACAACCGCAGCAGCAGCAGCAGCAGCAGCAGCAGCAGCAGCAACAACAACAACAAGGACAAGAACCUACCAAUUCCGACGCAGCUCCUGCUGCGAAUCAAGGUGAAGCUGUCUCUGUUGUGGAUGACAACCAAGCUGCUUCUUCUGAGACUGCCAUCAACCUUCAAUCUCUCGCCGCCGCUGCUGUUGCUGCUGCCGAGUCAUCUUCGUUGCCUUCUCCGAACCAACGUCGUUCUCUCAGCAUUCGUCCCGCCGAUCCGUCUGCCCCUUCACAGAUUCAACCCCAAGCUGGAGAAGCUCAAGCUAGUGGCACAGGCACUGCCGAACCGGAAACAGAGGGUAGCGAAAGUGUCCCUGAUCAGAACGUCGUUGAGCAACCAACCAAGCAAUCGGUCAAGAGAACUGCCAGUCCUCAAGAGCCUCCCGCUGCAAAGAGACCUCGUCAAGAUGACUCCAGCACCAAGAGUGUGGUUGCUCAGCCUAGCGCGCAGAACCUUGCCUACACCCCUGCCCUCCACAAUGCUAUCGAAGCAGCAAUGGUCAGAGAGGCUCGUAUCAUUGCAGAGAUGCAGAAAUCCGCCAAUCUGGAGGGUGACAGAAGGAAAUACCUGCAACGCGCAUCACUCACCAAGAAGCAGAGGGUCAGAGAGACCAUCGAAGGAGAGCUCAAGAGGGACCAUGUCAGGGCCAUUGCAGCAUCCAUGCAUGAGGAGAUCCACAAGGCAUCCAUGGGUAUACUGGACCGUCUUAUCGCAGAGGAAGUCGAGUACAAGCAACAGGAGAAGUUUGACCAGCAGCAGAAAGAGAUUGACGAGCUCAAGUGGACAGUUGGUCAGCAGCAGCAUACCAUCGAUGAGCAGCAGAAGCUCAUUGCUAGCCUGCAACAGACUGGGCCAGCAAAUGACGAGGAGAUGGGGGAGGAGACCAUAGAAGAGGCCAGAGCCGGCAAGAAGAGACAGCAUUGA